AGGAGGAGGAGGAGGAGGAGGAGGCCCCGCGGCGGGAUGAAGGAGAAGCAGAAGAGGAAGAAGGAGCGCACGUGGGCCGAGGCCGCCCGCCUGGUGUUAGAAAACUACUCGGACGCACCCAUGACCCCGAAACAGAUUCUACAAGUCAUCGAGGCCGAGGGACUGAAGGAGAUGAGAAGUGGGACCUCCCCCCUGGCCUGCCUCAACGCCAUGCUGCACUCCAACUCCAGAGGAGGCGACGCCCCCUUCUAUAAGCUGCCCGGCCGAAUCAGCCUCUUCACACUCAAGAAGGACGCCCCCCAGUGGUCCCGCCAGGCCUCCGUGCCCGAGGGCGAAGACCCCACGGACCCCGGGAGCUGCGUGGCCAGCGAAGCCGGCGGGGACCCCGAGGGGGACUCUCCGCAGCGAGGCCGGCCUCCCCCGGCCUCCCCGGACGACACCUGCUCCUCCUCCUCCUCCUCUUCCUCCUCCUCCUCCUCCUCUUCCUCCUCCUCCUCCUCCUCCUCCUCGUCCUCCUCGUCGUCCUCCUCGUCGUCCUCGUCCUCGGCAUCGUCCUGCGGCACCGCCAAGUGCCCGACCGCCCCCGUCUGCCCGGCCCAGGACGCCUGCAGAGCCGCCUCCCAGGCCGGCAAGCCGAAGAAGAAGGCGGGCGUCAUGCUUCCGCGGGUGGUCCUCACCCCCCUCAAGGUCAACGGGGCCCGCCUGGAGCCCGCCUCAGGGUUCUCGGGGCGAGGCGCCGCCGGGGCGGGCGGAGGCGGCGGGGGCGCGGCCCUGCGCGGCCGCCCGGAGAUCGGCCGGGACCCCCCGCAGCUCCUCAGAGCCCUCCGCAGGACGGCCCCGGGACCCCUCAAACGCGGCCGCGGGGAGGAGGUCGACUUCGAGACGCCGGGCUCCGUCCUGGUGAACACCAACCUGCGGGCGCUCAUCAACUCACGCACCUUCAACUCGCUGGGCCCCCUCUGCCAGCAGCGACUCCUCGCCCUCCUGCCCGAGGUGGACAGGCAGGUGGGGACGGACGGGCAGGGGCGUCUGAGCAGCAGCGCGCUCAACAACGAGUUCUUCACGCACGCCGCCCAGAGCUGGCGGGAACGCCUGGCCGACGGGGAGUUCACGCACGAGAUGCAGGCCCGCAUCCGCCAGGAGAUGGAGAAGGAGAAGCGUGUGGAGCACUGGAAGGAGAAGUUCUUCGAGGACUACUACGGCCAGAAGUUGGGGCUGAGCCGGGAAGAGGCCCUGCGGGAAGCGGCGGGGCCGGAAGGCCGCGGACCCCCGGCCCGCCCCGCCCCGCGCCCCAGGGACGGACACCUCAAGCGCCACCGCCGGGCCGGCCUCCGCUGCCGCCCCCGCGGAGACCCCCGGCCCGCCCCGGCCGCGGGGGGCCCGCCCCGGGACGGCGACGGCGGCGACGACGGCGGGGCGGCGGCGGCGGGGAGCGGCGGCGGCGGGAGGAUCCCCGGCCUGCCCGAGGAGCGUCCGCCCCGGCAGCCCCAGGACCAGAAGAGGAAGCGCUUCCAGCCGGCCCCGGCCCCGGCCGCCGCCCCCGCCCCCGCCGCCGACAAGAGACCCCGACUGGAGGAGCGUCAGUCCUUUCGUGACACAACUGAAAGUGCUCGCGACGAGAAGCCCCAGCCCUCGAAAGAGGAGCCCAAGGUCCCGCCCAUCCGGAUUCAACUGUCACGCAUCAAACCGCCCUGGGUGGUUAAAGGUCAGCCCGCUUACCAAGUGUGCCCCCGCAUCGUGCCCACCGGGCCCCAGCCCCCCGAGCCCCCCGGGCACGAGCCCCCCGGGCGCCACGGCUCCGCCCCCGCCGCCGGCCCCGCCAGGACCCUCGCCGACGUCAAGGCCCGCGCCCUGCAGGCCCGAGCCCAGCGCGGGGCCGCCGCCGCCGCCGCCGUGCUGGGCGCGGGGCGCGGCGGGCUGGGCGAGGUGGCCCUGCGCUGCUCGUGCAGCCUCAAGGCCAUGACCGUGUGCAAGGGCUGCGGGGCCUUCUGCCACCACGACUGCAUCGGCCCCGCCAAGCUCUGCGUCCUCUGCCUCGUCGUCAGAUAA